AUGGAUGUAGUAGAUGAUAUUUCUGGAGGUUACGGUAAAUUUCUGUUGGAAGUGGAAGGAUCCUUUGGGGCCAUGGAUGGAAGUAAGAUGGGAGUUAACCUGAUGGCCAUUGUGAUCCUUUCUCAGAGGAACUGCGGUCUCUCAGGAUGUAUCACAUGGUACCUGAUAGCAAUGGCGAUGGCUGAUUUCUUUGUUGUCAUAUCUGAUGUGCUGCUGAGAUGGCUUAUUAUGUAUUUUCCAGUAUCUUUCCUGGAUAUUACUUAUGUCUGUAGUUUGGUUACAGUGCUUAUUUCUGCAGCCACAAUGAAUUCUGUUUGGUUGACUGUUGCUUUUACUUUUGAUCGAUUUGUGGCUAUUUGCUGGCAGAAGCUUAAAACCAGAUACUGCACUGAGAAAACUGCAGCCGUGAUUAUUGGAACAGUGAGCGUGUUGAGCUAUUUGGAAAACAUUCCCUGGUUUUUCUAUUUCCAACCCAAGUACAUCUUCAAUAACCUGCCAUGGUUUUGCAUCACAAAAUCAGAGCAUUACACUUCAGUCUUCUGGAUAUUAUAUGGUGCAGUCCAUCGCCUUCUGUCCCCUUUACUGCCAUGCAUUAUUUUGCUUGUUGUGAACACUCUGACCGUCAGACAUAUUAUCUUUGCGAGCAAGGCCCGCAGGAGACUCCAGAAGGACAAGGACAAGGACAAGGAGAAUCCCCGUGACCUAGAGAUGGACAAACGCAGAAAAUCCAUUGUUUUACUCUUUGCUAUCUCAGCCAGCUUCAUUAUUUUAUGGACUCCUUAUGUGACAUGUUUCCUAUAUCAACAUAUUGCAGUAGUACAUGAUUAUUCUCCACUUUGCCCAACUGCAGGUACAAUCAGUUACGUGCUCCAGCUCCUCAGUACUUGUACAAACACUUGUAUAUACACCGUGACCCAGAGGCAAUUCCGAGAGCAGCUGAAAAGAGUUAUGAAACUCCCUUUCACUAUCAUUCUCAGAUCCAUCAAACAAUAA